UACGUUCUACUCUCAAAGCCAGAAAGUACGUCAGACAUGGAAGCUUUCAUGCCUUCUUGUUCACGCCUAGUUCCGUGCUUGGUGAUAGCUUUGAUGGCUUCGAUUAUGCCAGUCUAUGGCCAGACCACAUCCCCUUGCACUACUUCCAUGAUUACCAGCUUCACUCCCUGCAUGAAUUUCGUCACGAAUAGCAGUUCCAACGGAACUUCGCCAACACCUGACUGCUGCAAUUCGCUCAAGGCCCUCACCAGCAAUGGCACAGACUGUCUGUGCCUCAUUGCGACCGGAAGUGUCCCCUUCCAAAUACCCAUCAACAGAACCCUAGCCAUCUCCCUGCCACGAGCUUGUAACAUGCCCGGUGUUCCUCUCCAGUGCAAAGCCUCUGCUGCCCCAAUUCCAGCUCCAGGUCCUAUCGCGCUUGGGCCAAGUAUAUCUCCCGGAACAUCUCAGAGUCCUACAGCUUCUACUGUUCCUAAACCAGUGUCACCGGCUCUGGCACCGGAAGCAAAUACAACUCCAGAUGUCACUCCAACCGUGGGAUCGGAAGCUCCAGCCACAAAUACAGGGAGUAGGCCAGUUCUGACCCCAUCAGCUGCUCACACUUUUUCACCAUCUCUUCUGCUAGCUUUGUUAGGGGCUGUAACUUUGAAGCACUACUAUUAGUUUUACUGUUUGUUUUUCCCUCUCCCUCCAUCUCUCUCUGGUGUGAGGAAUUACUAUUGUUUUGUUUCGUAUAAAUUGAUGAGUUCUUUUAUUAAAUGAAAUUUGUAACAUUCACGUAAUAGAC